AUGGCCUCGAGACUCAGUCCGGGCUUCAGCGCCCUGCUGAUUGUGGGCUUGCUCUUGCUCGUGUUUCCCUCGCACGUUGAUGCUUUCGGUGCCGGCAACAUCGCCUCUAUCUCCGCCGUCGAGGGGGAAAACUGGCGCCAUGGCGAUAUCGAGGAUAUGCUCAAGACCGUCGCCUUUAUCAAGGGCCACAAGUGGACUUCCACCAUGAUCAAGCGCGUUUACUUUGGUAACUGGUUGCGUGAUUACUCCCAGGCUAUGGAUGUCGGAACCCUCAAGAGUCUCCCCGCUGAUACCAUUCGGGUCUUGGUCUGGAUCCUCUCAUUCAUGACCUUCGGCUACGCGACGGCUGAGUUCGAAGUCACCUCCGACAGACUAGGUGUCUACCGUCCGGAGGAACACAUUGACAACCCCAAAGACUACGCCGAUAACCAGGAUGCCCGCGAGUUCGACAAGAGAUUGCGUGGCCCCGUUAGUCAGAAGGAGCUCGAUAUCGACCCUCAGACCGGCAUGAAGAACUACAUUGCCAAUGAACGCGGCAACUGGGAUACGAGCACAGCCUACAUCAAGAAGAGCUUGGCUCGUAGCAUUCACUACGGCCGCACGUACACCCACAGCGGAAGCCGCAAAGGCAACGAAGAGGAUCUGUGCGAAGCUCUGCGAUGCCUGGGUCAGGGUCUGCACACCCUGGAGGACUUUGCGGCGCACACCAAUUACGUCGAACUGGCCCUCCGCGAGAUGGGUUUCCAGAACGUCUUCCCCCAUACCGGCACCAGGACCCAGAUGAACCUCCACGGUAAACACGUCUUUCCGCUAGUGACCGGAUCCUUUGGUAUGGUGGAUUUCUUCCACUCCGUUCUCGGAGAGGCGACGGAUCACUUCACCCAGUCCGAGGUCAACGAAAUGGACAUCGCACUGGGAGACGCGCAGAACAGCUCGUCUUCCGGAUCCAGUACGGCCUUGACUGCAUUGCUCGGGAAGAUUCCCGGCACCAAAGAGCUCGUGACCGAAGCGGAAGAGCUCAAGCGCCGCUCCGAUGCCCAGGAGUCGUCCAACAGAAGCGGCGGCUCUCGUUCGGGCUACGUGGCGCGCGAGGCCGUCCGAAGUUUCAACGAACGCGAUUCGGGUCACAGCCGUGGCUUCGAAGGGGAUCGAUAUGGUUCCUCCAGGGCCAACGAAUCCAGCAAGCCUUCUUCCUCUGAGGGUCCCUCCGGUCCCUUGGCUGACUUUGAUCCGAACAAGACCAUCGAACAGAUCUAUCCGAUCCUUCAGUUCAGAGACAACGUGGUCCGCAAGCUGUCGUCGAUCAUCGAGAAGAUCCCCGGCUUGGAAUCGCUGGUUGAGAAGAUCACCGAGACGCUGACGGUCUUCGUCAUGUCUCUGCUGGCUCCGUUCAUCCGCCCUCUCAUCAACGCCGCCUCCAAGUCGCUACAGACUGGAUCUGCCGGCGUCAUUGAUGCUUCGGGUAAGCAUCAAUUCGAGCCGUGGACAGACCCGACUUGCACGGACCCUACCCACUCGCUGUUGUCCAAGGACCAUUUCUCCAACAUUCUGAAUAAACCUGCCGGUCAGGUCGCCUCGGCCAUCCUCCGGUACGUGGCCCCUCGCGUCCUUCACGCCUGGGAGAACAUCAACAUCCCGGAGCACCAGGUCGUCGAGGACUGCCUGCAGGUGUUCCAUCAUCCGGCUCUGCGCAACAUGCGCAACGACGCCCAUCGCACCAUGUUCGAGGCCGUCGAAUCAUGGGUGCAGUCCCGGCCAGACCGAGGCUCCAAGCUCAACGAUAUCCUGAGCGCCGAGGGUGUUAAGGAAGGAAAGAACAACGGGGGACAGGUUGGUCACUCCCACGGACAAGGCGGUCACGGGCCAUCACAGUCGCAGUACCAGCGGCCGCCGCAACAGCAGCAACAACAACAGGGCUCCUCUGGAAACCCGCUGGAGCAGCUGUCACACCUUCCAAUCCCAGGAGCGUCCAAACUUGGCAAACUGGGGAGUGCUUUCUCCAGUCUCGGGCUGGGUGGCUCCGCCCGGGAUGGGGAGGCUCCAUCCCAACAGAGCUCCUCGUCUCAAUAUCAGGACCAGCAGUAUUCCAGCCAUCAGCAGUCUGGCCAGUAUCAGUCGCACCAGUCCCAUCAAUCACACCAUUCAUCCCAAGAAUCCCAUUCCCACCAUCAUCACCAGCACCAUAGCCACCAGCCGCAUCACUCCGGUGGAGAUUACGGUGGCGGCUAUGGCGGCGGUAGCCAUCAUGGACAGGGUGGGCACAGCGCAGAUUACUAUGGUCAAGGGCAAGGAUAUGGACAGGGUUCCGGUCACGGGUCAGGGGGGUAUAACUCUGGGGGGUAUGGUUCUGGAGGAUAUCAAUACUGA